AUGCCUCCAUCGUCCCUUCCUUCCCGUUCCGUGGUGGUGGUGUUUCCUCAUGUGUGGGAGGAAGGCGUCAUCAAGCGUGCAAUGGCGCUUUAUGAGAAAGGGGCGGAUCUGACCGCGGUGGACAACAAUUCUGGAUGGACCGUUUUCCAUCAUAUCGCUGGCUGCCAGCCUUCCAACAAAUUUGCGGAACCUGGGUACCGAAGAACAGCAAACGUAUUUACGGAAAAGGUUCCUGAUCUGGCCGUGGCUGCAAACAAGGAUGGAAAGACACCACUCGCUAUCGCGACGGAGCAGAAUACCAAGUGGGCCAUGGAUGUAUUCGGAGCCCCUGAAGAUAUUAUGCAAGAGUAG